GGGCAAUUGUGUGAAAUUCCGAACCUCCAUUCUGCUUCAGGAAACUUUUGCAAGCAACCUCGCGACCUCUCAACUCUUGUUUCCUCAAUUACAAAACCAUCGCCCUUAAACAUCCUGCCUUCAUAAACAAAAGAAGAUAUGGGGGGCAAAUCAGGAAACAAGGCCGGCUACUUCGACAAGCUGAAGGGCUUGUUGGAGGAGUACCACUCCAUCUUCAUCGUCUCGGUCGACAAUGUCUCGUCGCAGCAGAUGCACGAGAUUCGCCAGGCCCUCCGUGGUACUGGCGUUGUCCUGAUGGGCAAGAACACCAUGGUCCGCCGUGCGCUCAAGACCUUCAUCGCCGACGCCCCCGAGUACGAGCGCCUGCUGCCGUUCGUCAAGGGCAACAUCGGCUUCGUCUUCACCAACGGUGACCUUAAGGAGGUCCGUGACAAGAUCCUGGCCAACAAGGUCGCCGCCCCCGCCCGUGCCGGCGCUAUUGCCCCGGUCGACGUGUGGGUGCCUGCUGGCAACACCGGCAUGGAACCCGGCAAGACUUCCUUCUUCCAGGCCCUCGGCGUCCCGACUAAGAUCGCCCGUGGUACCAUUGAAAUCACGAGCGACCUCAAGCUCGUCGAGGCCGGUGCCAAGGUCGGCCCCUCCGAGGCUACCCUGCUCAACAUGCUCAACAUCUCUCCCUUCACCUACGGCAUGGGCAUCGCCCAGGUCUACGACCACGGCAACACCUUCCCCGCGAGCGUUCUCGACGUCGGCGAGGAGCAGCUUCUGAAGUCUUUCUCGUCGGCCAUCAACACUGUUGCCGCCAUCUCGCUGGCCCUCAACUUCCCGACCCUCCCGUCCGUCAUUCACUCGGUUGUCAACGCCUACAAGAAGGUCCUGGCCAUCGCCGUCGAGACCGAAUAUUCUUGGCCCGAGAUUGAGGAGCUCAAGGACCGCAUCGCCAACCCCGAGGCGUACGCGGCUGCUGCUCCUGUCGCUCAGGCCGCUGCUACCGAGACCAAGGUUGAGGAGAAGAAGGAGGAGUCUGAGAAGGAGGACUCCGAGGACGAGGGCUUCGGCGGUCUCUUCGACUAAAUACCCUGACCCGAUGACGAUGUUGAUGGGCUGGCAAUCUUGGUUGUGGUCAGGCAGAGGCUCGCUGGACCUUCAUCCAUGGCUACAUAGACCGGUUGCUGCUCAAAUAAAACAUUUCCUGUCUGAUGGUCAACAUCCUGGACGUGCUU